ACAAAUAAAAGGACACUGGCCUGAAGAGCCUAACGCUUGGGCACGUCCAUCAGAGAAGAGUGAUGCGGUCUUAGGGCGUUUGGGUUCAACUUUAUGUAGACAUUUGUUAUCGAAUAUUCAAUUCAUGAGAAAAUCCGAUGAGACGCGUCCGACACUGCUGAUAACUGCGUAAGUACUAAAUACAUAGAGCAAUACAGAAAAGAGAGGAAGACUUUUCGAUGAAUUUGCUCACACGUGGAGACGCUGGAUAAUUACAAUCAUCAAUACAAUGUUAGCUUGGCAACAUUUUAUCAGUCGGUGCAAUCCCCAAUCAGAGUGUUGACGCACAUAGAAGAGGACGAAAGCAGAUUCCUUGGUGUGCAGCCUCUUGAGUUGUGUCUGAGCUCACAGCUCGCCUAUGCGCUCUCAUCGAGACUUGGCACCUGCUGCAGACGGAACAAGGACUGGAACAACAUUAACUGGCGCGCUGACGUCUCUUCUUUUUUUAAAGACAGAGACCAAGGAGGCUUUUAACUUAUGGAGAGUUAUCCCAGCGAAGCCCAAACCUGAGACUUAAUUCCAGCCAUGUCAGCUAACGGGAGUUCAGAGUCCAGCUGCAGGUCAGAGGUUAGACCCACCAAUAACACCUGUUUCCAGAAGGAACUGUCUAUCACUGCAUCAGUAAUCUCUAUGACUGUUGGCAUCUUCUCCAACAGCCUCGCUCUGUUUAUUCUGCUGAAAUCCUACAGCAGCAUCCGCACAAAGUCCAGGGCAUCCUUCCUGCUGUUUGCCAGCAGCCUGGUGAUCACAGAUCUGCUGGGUCACCUCAUUAAUGGAUCCCUGGUGCUUUUUGUGUACAGCGCUGAAAAGAAAUGGGAGAAUUUUGAUCCUUAUCAAAUCAUAUGCACCAUCUUUGGGGCGUGUAUGGUGUUCUUUGGCUUGAGCCCCUUGUUCCUGGGAAGUGCUAUGGCUGUGGAGCGCUGCAUUGGAGUCACCAGGCCUAUCUUCCACUCCACAGUGUUGGCAUCACACCACAUGAAAAGGCUCCUUGGGGUCAUCUGGCUGCUUGCUGCACUGGUGGCUGCGCUGCCUGUAAUGCUGUCGAGGCCCUACAAGGUUCAAAGCUCCAGGAGCUGGUGCUUUUUCCAUAUCGAGCAACCCAAAGACUGGCUGGAUGUGCUCCUGCCGCUGCUAUUUUCAUUGCUGGGGCUGCUGGCACUGCUGCUCUCCAUUGUCUGCAACACACUAACAAGCUGUGUUCUAAUACAGGCUAAACUGCGCCACAAGCAUCACUGCAGAAGCAUGCCUUAUCACAUAGAGAUGAUCUGCCAGCUCCUGGCUAUCAUGCUGGUGUCCUGCAUAUGCUGGGGCCCAUUACUGAUCCAUGUCACCAUUCUGAGUACCAGAGCCACAGAUGAGUCUCCAUCUUUUAGUCUGCUGACUAUACGCAUGGCUACGUGGAACCAGAUCCUGGACCCGUGGGUCUACAUCCUGCUGAGGAAGGCUGUUCUCAGGAAAAUCUUUGUGUUGCUUCACAGCUGUUGUGGCUUGAAAUUUUACACCCUCAAUUGGUGGCAGCGCAGUAUGCUCCACAGCUCAGUGGAGUCCAGCAGCUCCAGUGGUGCUCCAUCUGAUUGCCGCUGCCUCGGUAAAACACCUGUGCAUAAUGUUGUCAUCAAAUCCAUCACCUGAACCUUGUCCUGAGUCUUUUAUCUGAGAAUGCCAAGGUACUGAAAAACAAAAGGAAAGAAAAUCAUUUGGAAUACUAGAAGGACAUUUCUAAAGAAGGCUUAUCCUCAAACGAGGUCACUGUCCGAUUUGCAAUUUUAAAGUGACCCAGGUCUAAAACAAAAUUCCCUUGAUUCUUCCUUUGCAUGUGCUCUUCCUCUUUGCAAAGUUUCAUCCCAUUUCAGCUUGGUAGUCUCUUGCAGAUGAAUAAGACACACUGAGACACUAGAAGACUUUCAAAAAUGCACUUACACAAACCACAAAUGUUGUAACAUUUGCAAAAUGAUCACCAUAAAUUGUCACUAUUACUGUAUAUUGUGGUAUUGACUGUUUGUUCUAAACUUUUAGCCCCGCUUUCUGCAUCAGGGCCAUUAGACAAGUUCUAUCGAGAACUGUCACAGUGUUAGAGAUGAACUAACAGUCACUGUUAAGUCGUAGACAUUGUUUUAUUCAUUCCUGGCUUUGUCCCACAUGCAGCUCCAGCCUGCACCUUUGCACUAAUAUUUAUUGAUUGUGACUGAGUCUUCUUUGACCUUACAUGUUAACUUUUUAUUAUAAGGAUUCCAGUAUAAUGUGUUAAUCAUUUGGUUUGCACAGAUGUGCAUGACAUGAUAAACAUGCAAAAAAUUUAUAGAUAGACAGAUAGACUGCAAGGCGUGACCAAAUGAUCAUCCUCCACCAGCAUGCUGACAGUCACUAUGAUGUGUUUGUGCUAAUAUUGUGCUAUACUUUGUUUUCAUCAAACAUGGCUGUGCAUUAAUGCCAAACAUCUCUACUUUGGUGUUGUCUGUCCAAAGCACAUUAUUCAAGAGGUCUUGUGAUUUGUUCAAAUGCGACUUUGCAAACUUAAGCCAUGUUGCUUUCAUGCUUUUAAAGAGAAGAGGCUUUCCACUGGUAACCCUGGCAUUUAGCAGG